AUGGCGGAUGGCGGGGCGGGCGCGGGCGCGGUGGCGGGCGGCGCGGGCGCGGGCGCUGACGCGGAGGCAGGCGAGUCGGCGGCGCGCGGCGCGGCGCUCGAGCGAGCCUACGUGCACGACGUGUACGAGCAGGCCGGCGAGGACGGCGACGAGACGCCGCGUGCUCCCGCGCCGGGCGUGCAGGCCUUCCUCUCCGAUCUUGAACCUGGCAGCCUUGUUUGUGAUGUUGGAUGCGGCAAUGGCAAAUACCUGAACGUGAAUCCGUCCGUGUUCUGCGUGGGCGGAGACAGAUGCACCAGGCUUGCCUCGCACGCCAGGCAACACAGCAAUGAGGUGGUAGUAUGCGAUAACCUGUGCCUACCCUUCCGCGACGAGUCAUUCGACGCUGUACUAUCCAUCGCGGUUGUACAUCACUUCGCGACGGUGGAGCGUCGUGCGAUGGCCCUGCGGGAGCUCGCCAGGGUCACCAGGAUCGGCGGGAGGCUGUUGCUCACCGUGUGGGCCAUGGAGCACGAGGGACGGAACUUUCACUCACAAGACGUACUAAUACCCUGGCAUCGACCAGCGACAUUAUGUCCACCAACGCCAGCACCCAGAUUUCUUUCAGUCGACAACGAUCACGCUGAGCCGUGGAAAAGCCGUGAAGGAUCACCAGGUUCGUCAUCACUCUCGUCUCCCAACGAAACCUGUUAUUCAUUUGUAAGACGAGCACUUCAACGGUUGGCAGGUCGACGGUCCUUCCUACCCUCGUGGAGUUUAGGCCCCAGGGUACCGUCACGGUCCUGCUCACGGCCCGAACCAGCGGCAGCCGACCUCCCAAUCGAACUGCGACGGCUAGACGAGGCAGUUCCACCUCGGUUGGUCACCCAACCAUCUGAAUCAUCGACAAUGAAGUCACGAAGCUUAACUGACAUCGUAGACAUAGAGCGACAUGCUCUAGUCAGGUCCCGAUCAAGUCUACCAAGUCUCGGUGGAGAUGAAUCAUCACCACCACCUCAAGAACCAGCUGCACCUGAAAACACAGAACCGCGUAAAAAACCUCGACUUGUUAAACAGAAAAAGUCUAUAAACGAGGACGACGCUGAAGAAGACCUCGAUAAACCAACAGAUAUGAAGAGUAUGGUUGAAGAGAUGCCUAACUUUAAAAUACACACUCACAGACUACAAUCAAAAAAGCCUGGCGUAUUUAAACAAACGUCGCUCAACGAAGAGCUGAUGUCUGUAGAAAGAUUAAGGGAAAAAGAGCGCUUAAGGAAAAACAUACAAAAACAAGCCUCACUUAACGAGGAAUACUUAUAUCGACGACAGGGCGCAUUAGAUUCCAUUCGCGACUCAAUAUUUUCCACUUCAGCCACCACCGCAAAGAAGUUCCAAUCCCUGAAAAACGGCCUCACUAGUAAGUUUAAAACGUCUACAACGAAUAUUGAUAAAGUUACUGUGUUCGUGAGAAUGCUUCAGGGUUGGAAGAAUCACGGGCCGGUUCCUGAAGUUCCCACGCCGAGCGAUACUCCUGUCACAAAUGAAAAACCGUAUCCUGAGAGGCGACAUUCAAAAGAAGAUGGAUCAGAUUCUUCGAAAGACAGCAGCCUUCAAAGCGAUACAAGUGUAGAUUCUGAAGACAGUUUCGCGUCUGUUAUUUAUGUGCCUAAAGCGGAUGGAUCGGGAGAUCCGUUGUCACCAACCCCACUUUCUCCAGGACCAACAUCACCUAGAUUAAAAGUUUCAUCAGUUCCAACUUCGCCAAGAAUGAAAAGUUCGCCGGGUCUACCAUCUCCGAGGAUAAAACAAGCAUUUCCAUUAAUCCGGCCUCCUGCAUCACCUAACGCAGUACCAACACCAGCUACUGUUAAUAAGAUACUUGUAGCUCAAUAUAGUUUGAAGAACUACUCUACUUCAAGCUCAGUUGUUGCUGCACCGUUGAAGCCACAAUCGAAAAGUCAACCAAAUUCUCCGCCAAAAUCGGAAUCAGAUGACAAAAUUCUUAAGCCUGAGCCACCGCCGAUAAUAAACACAAACAUGCCUGUUGAGGUAUUCGAAGAGGUUGAUCCAAUACCACCCAUCAAGGAAGAAGAAGAAACAUCCACAGAAGUGACUAAAGAACUGAUCGCCGAAAUCAAUAAAGACAUUGAGGAAAUACAUAAACUGACAGCUGAAACUAAUCAAUUAAAACCACGUGUGGUGUUGCAAGACGUCAAACCUUACCCGAAAAUAACAUUACAAACAGUGGCAGAAUUACCUGAAAUACCACAAUUUAAACCCAAAGAGCCGAAUAAGUCAGCUGCAACUGACGCCUUGGAUUCUAGAGCUGCAGAACGAAAACGUAAAGAGAGGAUACGACAAAUAAAAGAAAUGUUAAACAGCGGCGGCAUACCGUCUAUAAACUUGAGUAGAAGGCAACCAUUCCCAAUAGUGCGCAGUACAAACAAAGCGGAACCGAUCGCUAAAAGUCGUCCAACAUUGAUGACUUUAGAGUUGUUCAACCCAGCGACCGAUGACAUGGACAGCGAUUCGAGCGGCGUAUCAUCGCCAGACUCCGUCGAUAGUGUCAUUAGUGUAGUACCUGAAGAAUUGCGGAAAACAGCCUUAGAAAAAGAUUUACCCAAUAAUUCAAGCACAGAAAACCCUAAAGAAGAGCCACCCAACGAAAAGUCGCGUUCAACUUCUCCAGCUCCUCAAAGUUUAAUAGAAGCCGCUGCAGAAGUAGCAAACACUUUAGAAGAAGCAUGUGAAACCGUCAUACAAUCAAGUCCAAGAGCUAAAAGGAAACAACUUGAAAAAAUAGAAAGUUCUGAAGCUAUGGCCAUCAUACAAGGAACUUCUAGUAGUAGCAGUAGUAGCAAUUGGAGCCUCAACAAACUGUCACCUGGAGAUUUGAGGAUAUUAGAAGAUAGAUCUAGGUCACAAUCUCACACCAGUUCUAGUGGUAGCUCGUCAAGCCUAGAGCGCUUAUCUCCAGGUCGAAGGUCCAAAGACCGUUCACCAAAGCUGGGAAGUACUAGCAAUUCCACUUGGAGCCUGAAUAGGCUAUCUCCAAACCGGCCAGAAGGUCGCUCACUAGAUGAAAACUUGAGUAAAAGCCACAGAAGCCCUACCCGGUUACCUUACGACUCAAUUUCAAUAUCAAGCACUGAAUCCGAAAAAUCAAUUUCAAAGUCAGAAAGCUUCAAUAGGAUAAUUGCAAACGAACCGCUGGUGACAUGCAAGUCAGAUAUGCUAGCCAAAGAAGAAGAAUGGGUUCAGGAUCAAGACAAGAAUCAUCAGUUAACGGAGUUCGCUGAGAAACUCAGCGAGAAACUGUUACAGGAAAUUGACCAGUAUUCUAAACGUAUUAAUGAAGAGGAUUUCGACCUGCCAAGCAGUAGCAGCAGUGAAAAGAGCAUUUCUCUAAGACUCAAACGGGAAGAAGAAGACAGAAAUACGCAAAAAAUCUUAGACGAACUCUCGGAUAGCUUGCAGCAUUUAGAAGAUCCUUAUAUCAACAAAAUCAACACAGAAAUGCAAGGGUUAAGUAAACUUAGUGCCGAAAUACAAGAGAGGAGCAAAAUAAUCGCAUCGCUAAAUGAUUCACAAGAGACUGAUAUCAGCAAACUGUUUCCUAAAUGCAGCACCAAAGUGAAAAGCAGAAAACGAUCGAAGGACGUCGACCCCAUAAUAAACAAAUACAGGGAACUAAAAAGAACGAUGAAAGUCACUAGUGAUGAGGAUAUAUACCUGAAUAAUUGUGCCAACAUCCAAUACACAGUGAAACCAGUUACUGAAGAAAAGUUACCCGACGUUGAAACUAAGAACCCAGAUGAUGACAGCGCCAUAUCGUCUAGCAACGGCAAUCCAGAAAUUACAAUUGAUUCUGGAGCUUACGACACGAGUCAAUCAUUAGAAACAGGAUACUCAUUGGAAUCAGAAAUCAGUGUCGAUUCCCUUUGCACAAGCACGGACAAGAGGUCUUCGCUGAAAGUGGGACAGUCGACAGAUUCCAGCGACUUAGACAAAAUGGAAAUAAGUCCUGAAUCCGUCACCUCACGAUCCAGUACGAGUACGGCGCCUCUAAAAUCAGGAUUCUCUAUUGAAUCCAGCGAUACUUCUGCAGGAAGUGACUGGAGUCGCCGCGACAAGACGGGCAGUACAGCGUCUCUUGGCUGCGCGAGUAUAGCAUCACUUCCUUCGUGCAGCGAAUGUUCCAAAGAGAGGAAGUUAUUGGAGACCAGGUCUUCUUCGGAAGACACGGCUACUGUGCCGGUCCCGACCGCCAGGCCUCUGCCCCACGCGCCGCUCCUGCCAUCCCUGAGCGACGGCUCCGACAGCCUGCCCUCAGAAGGUGGCGCGGUCACCUACCACCGAUACUACCACGUCUUCAAACGGGGAGAGCUCGACCAACUCAUAGAGAAGUACGUGGAGAGCCUCCACGUGGUGUCCUCGUACUACGACCAGGCGAGUUGGUGCGUCGUCGCGGAAAAAGUACAAGUGUGGACCAUAUAAUGUGUUUAUGUGCAUUCUUUGUCUUUGCUAAAGUUUCAGGUUCGCUGCUGGUACUUAGGGGCUGAGGGUAUUGUUACGUCUGAUCUCAUAUUCUUACGACACAGUGACACUACCGAAACAGACACUACGUGCAGUGAUUACAUCCAAGUGACCUUCUUGACGUACUCUUAAUGAGCCAGUGUUAAGGACAUUUACAAACUGAUCUUAUAUGAGGUGUUAGCCAUACGCGAA